AUGAAGCGCUCACGCGAGCCCGAAGAAGAGUAUCCCACAGACACCGUCGGCUUUCCUGAUGAUCUGAAACCGGAAGAAGCAGCACGCCCCGCCACCAAGAUAGCAGAACUUGAUGAAUCAGCCGUUGAUACCAGCUCAGACGUUGCAAUGAGAUGUUCACUCCCGCCACACCGAGACGUCUUGUCUUUCACGACCUACGGGGAAUAUGAAGCUCACUACAAUAAGCUACACACGAACCGGUGUGCUGAUUGCCACAAAAAUUUCCCCUCUGAGCACUUACUGAACGUUCAUUUUGAGGACUGCCACGAUGUGUUCGCCGCCGUGAAAAGGGAAAGGGGCGAACAUACGUACUCGUGUUUUGUUGAAGGGUGUGACCGGAAAUGCAGGACUCCCUAUAAGAGGCGCAGUCACCUGAUUGAUAAACAUAUGUAUCCGAAGAACUAUUUCUUCGCGCUCACCAAAGACGGCAUUGACGGCAGGACCUCUCUUCUACUAGACGGAGGCCACCAUCGGAGGAGGUCAUCUACCGCCACAACGAAUAGCGUUCCUAAAACAUCGCAACGACGACAGAGCCUUCGGCAAGUCGACACCUCCAAGUCGCAGGCAGACGAGGUAACAGAAUCCUCACCUAUGACUGCGCCCAAAUUACCUGAGAAAAGGCCACCGGCAGAAACUCCCGAUGGUGAGAUAGAUUAUCUGACUGGGGCAAUGUCCUCCUUGCAAUUCGUACCUACGUCUGUUAAGUUUGGCCGAGGAAGAGGGAAAACAGGAUUUGCUAAGAGCUGA